AUGAUCUUACUGAUCCAUCAAACCGGCUUGGAUCUUGGGUUGAGGAGGCAGAUUGCUGUAGAUGGUAUGGAGUUAUUUGCCAUAACCGGCCAUGUCCUUGAGCUCCAUCUUGAAAGUUUUUCUGAAGAUGAGUAUUAUGCCUCUGGUGCUACCGCAUAUUAUGGAGAAUACCUUGAGAAAUCAGCAUUUAGAGGUAAGAUUAGUGAUUCUUUGCUCAAUUUGAAGAAUUUGAAAUAUUUGGACUUGAGCAAUAAUAAUUUUGGAGGAAUUCCAUUUCCUAAAUUCCUUGGCUCUAUGAGGAGUUUAAGACACCUUAACCUUGAUACUACUGGAUUUGGGGGAAUUAUUCCUUAUCAACUUGGAAAUCUCUCAAAUUUGCAAUAUCUUAGUAUCCGUGGUUUUUUGUUGGGUUGUUAUGUUGAGAAUUUUCAUUGGCUUACUGGUAUGGUUUCAUUAGAAUUUCUUGAUUUUAAUCUUGUAAACCUCAGUCAAGCAUCCGAUUGGUUGAAUAUGAUCAACACUCUGCCUUCUCUAGUAGAACUACACAUUUCAUAUUGUCGUCUCCCUAAUGUUUCUCCUCUCCUAGAAGUCAACUUUUUAUCACUUUCCAUCCUUGAUUUGUCAGGCACUUUCGAUUUUGUUCAAAACAUAACUUGGCUUAAGGCACUCGAUCUAUCUUCAAAUUAUUUAAAUUCGUCAAUACCCAACUGGCUAUACAGUUUUAGCCAUCUUGAACUCCUCAACCUUUGCGACAAUCAGUUGCAAGGAAAAAUUGCAAGUGGUGUUGGAAAGCUAACUUCUCUUGUCAGUAUCGAUUAA